AUGGGACCAGCUCGUCAGCGGAGUGCAGAAACGACGCGAAGAACCAUCCGCAUCCACCCCAUCCUCUUCAUCGAACUUCACCUAAACACCAGCACGGAGGUUACGGAGGCGGGCACCAUCACGGCGGGCACCGCCCCGGAGGCUACGGAGGCGGGCACCAUCACGGCGGGCGCCGCCUCGGAGGCUACGGAGGCGGGCACCAUCACGGCGGGCACCGCCCCGGAGGCUACGGAGGCGGGCACCAGCACGGCGGGCAUCGCCCCGGAGGCUACGGAGGCGGGCACCAGCACGGCGGGCACCGCCCCGGAGGCUACGGAGGCGGGCACCACCCCGGAGGCCAUGGUCAUUACUGACGCCGAUAUCAAGGCUAUGCUCGAGCGGACAUGGACGACUAUUCGGGCUUGCGCGGAUGCGAGAAAUAAGAUUUAG